AGAAGAGUCACAGAUUGGGAACCCCACGCGAUCUCCUACCCGUUGCCGUUGGUGAGGCGCCGUGGUCCGUAGAGGAGCCGUUGCAGCAUUCAUUGGUUCGGGGAAAGCCUUCCCUUUGCCGCUGCAUCGAGAAGGCGCUACUGCACCCUUUCAGAUCUGCCGCUACAUCGCCAGGUCACUAUACACACACGUGCUUCAGCUACCGUCAGUGGCGUUGUUAUGCGAACCAUUACCGCAGAUUGAUGGACUUCGAGACGGACGACGGCUGGCGUUACUCGGUCCGGGCUGUUUGGGAUGAGGACGCUGAGCCAUCCCGCUACGCUCACGCCUCUGUGACUGCCCUCGUCUCCGACAGGCCGUUUGCGGGGAGAAUCGACAAGGCGGUAGAAGACAUCAAUGACGAGGAGCUUCUCGAUUGUCUCGAACCCGUGCAGCCGGAGUGUAUCUUUCCAGUCUUUCCGGGCCACUUCACCAAAGCUCCAGCCUUCCACCUACCUAAGCACUAUCUGAAAACGCCAAGCUUCGCGUGGGAAGAUUGCCAGGACGGCAGAAGCAUCGUAGCAGAAUGCUUCCUGAGGGAAGUCUCCGUACUGGAGCAGUUACGGGAAGUCCCACAUCCUAACGUAGUAAGCUACCAUGGUUGUGUCGUUAAUGGUGGCCGCAUCACCAAAGUCUGCCUCAACGAAUACAAGUGCAACCUAAGCGAGCACCUGGACGCCCAUGCUGGACGAUUGCCCACCGACGAAGCCUACCGAAUUGUGGACAACGUCGAAGCUGGAAUCAAGCAUCUGCAUUCGCUCGGACUGGCGCACAACGACAUUUGUCCGGACAAUAUCUGCCUCGACGCAAACGGUGACGCGGUUGUUGUUGGCUACCACUCAUGCCUGCCGUAUGGUCAGCCUCUACUGAAGGGCGACGUGGCAGCUGGCAGCUUGCUGUCUCGAGACACGCCGCGAUCGCAUCCGGAGAACGACUGGCGAGGGUUAAAUGAGAUCGCAAAUGUGCUCUUCGCCCGGCCCCACGAAAGUCUUUUGCAAUCGAACAGCUACCAGAUAUGGCGCUGAUUGUACUCAAAAUGCGUGCCUGCACUGCCUGUAGUGGUAUCGCCGACACAGUACGGCUGGCGCUUGCUGAAGCCCUACCUGAAGCAUGCUGCACUGUUACCUGGACAAUCUGGCCCACGGUGCCGAGAAUGAUGACCAUCACUGCAUUGAGCGGUGGCUACGAAUGGGUGUUCUUGACGAUGCCGGAGCGAGGCUUUGUGACCGAUCAAAUGUGGUGCACUUCGCUGUGAAAAGAACCGCGGGCUCACCGACAACAUCCCGCCAAUGAUGGCAAGAUAAGCGCGUUUCGUGGCACUUAUAGCACCAGGAUC